CAAGUCCGUCCUUUUUUUAAGUCGACCAGCGUCGACUUUCCCUCACAAUCAAUUAUCGAGCGCUUCUUCUUCCCGCGUCUGGAAGUUUUUUGAAGUUUGACUCAUGGAUCCUCAACCCGAACCAGUGAGCUACAUAUGUGGAGAUUGUGGAAUGGAGAACACUCUGAAGCAGGGUGAUGUUAUACAGUGCCGAGAGUGUGGUUAUCGUAUUCUCUACAAGAAGCGCACCCGUCGCAUUGUUCAGUAUGAGGCCCGCUGAAAUGCCUUAUUUGGCGAUGGUUUUUUAGUAUCAUUGAAUAUUUUGUAACUCUCUCGUAAGGACUUCAUAAGGAUUCUUCUCUGCAAUGCAAACAUGAACAUGAUUAUAGCGCUAGCAAUAUAAUAAUAUAGUCGACUAUUCUUCCCUUC